AUGAAAGACCAUGUUGAGCCAAAGCCGCCCGAACAGAAUUCACAACAGAUUACUACGAAAAUACUCAUGGAGCAUGUAACUGGUAUUACAUUACCAUCUUGGCCUGUUGAUGAGUUAGUACAGUUUUCAUAUUAUGAAUCCUCCAAUCAGGCUUUAGCAGCAGACAAGUAUCAGCUACUAGUGUCUCAGCAGAGUAACUUGGCCUCUUAUAGGCCAGCCAAAUUCUACAUGCCUGACAAGAAACCUAGAAUUGAAAUUCUAGAUGAUAAGGAGGGGCGUUUCAUGAUAUGCUUAUCUAUUAGUUACGGUCUAGUUUGCUUUUUACUUCUACCCUUGGUUGCAAAUGCUGUUGUUCAUCUAGUAUUUGGUUACACAACACUUCCUGUUGACUUGACUUUUCUCAUCGAGGGUCAAACUGAAUCAGAGCUUUCAGAAAGAAUCUUAGGAGUCGUUAGAUUUUCUGAGCUUAAUACUACUUCAGCAAGGCAAGUUGAACUGCAUUCUAAGAAGAGAAUGAGGUAUUUGCAGUCGUCUCUUCCAACAAGAUCAUGGAAAUCACUUGAUCAGGGCUUCUCCCAACUAAUUACCCCAGGUGGUCAAGAAAGUGAGACCAACUCCCAUGCGGCACAUGUCAAUGGUGAUGCUGAUCACAAAAGUAAGUCAGAUGCUGACAAGUUAUAG